GCGGGCGCGCGCCCCGCGGGGGAGGGGGCGGGGAACGCGAGGCGGAGGGAGGAGGCGUCUCUGUGCGGGAGCCCGGCGGAACGCGCCAGACCCUGACCGAGCCUCGCGGCUGCUGCUGCAACAGGCGGCGGGCUCCGCUCGGGGGCGGAGGCGGCGAGGGGGCGGGGAGCGCGAGGAGGAGCGACCGGGCCCCGCCGCCGCCGCCUCUUCCCCGCCGCAUGGACGAGCACCUCAGCCUUCUGCGCUCGCCGCCGCUGCCCUCCGCCCGCCACCGCGCCCACCCUCCCCAGCGCCCCGCGAGCGGCGGCGGCGCUCACACGCUGGUGAACCCCGGCUACUCCGAGCCCGCCGCAGGCCCCGAGCUGCCGCCCGACAUGACCGUGGUGCCCGGGGACCACCUGCUGGAGCCGGAGGCGGCCGACGGUGGAGGGACCCCGCCUCAGGGCGGCUGUGGCGGCGGCGGCUGCGACCGCUACGAGCCGCUGCCGCCCUCGCUGCCGGCCGCGGGCGAGCAGGACUGCUGCGGGGAGCGCGUGGUCAUCAACAUCUCGGGGCUGCGCUUCGAGACGCAGCUGAAGACCCUCUGCCAGUUCCCCGAAACGCUGCUGGGCGACCCCAAGCGGCGCAUGAGGUACUUCGACCCGCUCCGCAACGAGUACUUCUUCGACCGCAACCGGCCCAGCUUCGACGCCAUCCUCUACUACUAUCAGUCCGGGGGCCGCAUCCGCCGGCCCGUCAACGUGCCCAUCGACAUCUUCUCCGAGGAGAUCCGCUUCUACCAGCUGGGCGAGGAGGCCAUGGAGAAGUUCCGCGAGGACGAGGGCUUCCUGCGGGAGGAGGAGCGGCCCCUGCCCCGCCGCGACUUCCAGCGCCAGGUGUGGCUGCUCUUUGAGUACCCUGAGAGCUCCGGGCCGGCCCGGGGCAUCGCCAUCGUGUCCGUGCUGGUCAUCCUCAUCUCCAUCGUGAUCUUCUGCCUGGAGACGCUGCCGGAGUUCCGCGACGAGAAGGACUACCCCUCCUCGCCGUCGCAGGACGCGUUCGAUGCAGCCGGCAACAGCACGUCGGGGGCCUCCGGGGGAGCCUCCAGCUUCUCCGAUCCCUUCUUCGUGGUGGAGACCCUGUGCAUCAUCUGGUUCUCCUUCGAGCUGCUGGUGCGGUUCUUCGCCUGUCCUAGCAAAGCCACCUUUUCGCGAAACAUCAUGAACUUGAUUGACAUUGUGGCCAUCAUCCCUUAUUUUAUCACUCUGGGUACCGAGCUGGCCGAGCGACAGGGCAACGGACAGCAGGCCAUGUCCCUGGCCAUCCUGAGGGUCAUCCGCCUGGUGAGGGUCUUCCGCAUCUUCAAGCUCUCGCGCCACUCCAAGGGGCUGCAGAUCCUCGGGCAAACGCUGAAGGCGUCCAUGCGAGAGUUGGGGUUGCUCAUCUUCUUCCUCUUUAUUGGGGUCAUCCUUUUCUCCAGCGCGGUCUACUUUGCCGAGGCAGACGACCCCACCUCAGGUUUCAGCAGCAUCCCGGAUGCCUUCUGGUGGGCAGUGGUAACCAUGACAACAGUGGGUUAUGGCGAUAUGCACCCAGUGACCAUAGGGGGCAAGAUUGUGGGAUCUCUCUGUGCCAUCGCCGGUGUCUUGACCAUCGCAUUGCCAGUUCCCGUGAUUGUUUCCAACUUCAAUUACUUCUACCACCGGGAGACGGAAGGGGAAGAGCAAGCCCAGUACCUGCACGUAGGAAGUUGCCAGCACCUCUCCUCUUCGGCCGAGGAGCUCCGAAAAGCAAGAAGUAACUCGACUCUGAGUAAGUCGGAGUAUAUGGUGAUCGAAGAGGGGGGUAUGAACCAUAGCGCUUUCCCCCAGACCCCUUUCAAAACGGGCAAUUCCACUGCCACCUGCACCACGAACAAUAAUCCCAACUCCUGUGUCAACAUCAAAAAGAUAUUCACCGAUGUUUAAUAUAUAAUACAAGUGACAUGCUGUGCCCAGUAUUGUGUGGAACGUGCCCCCUUGGUCUGCCUAUGCCCUUGUUUUAUACAUUUCCAGACCAUUCAUCAAGGAAAGGACCUGAAGAAGUGGGAAGCACACUUCAUUCUCCCUCUCCCUACUGCUUCAUACUGAAACAGGUGCCUGUUUUGCAAGUGGGCUGCAUUCUCUCAGCUCUCCUUUUUCCCCUUACCCUCUCUCUCUCUCUCUCAAUAUUGUAAACAACAAACUUACAUUAAACUUCAUUUCUAGUACACGCCCUAUUUAAAAAAAAAAAAAAAAAGCAGUACAUCCUGGGAGGAAAUGAAACUAAAGAACAAAGUAACUGUUUAACCUCAGAAUUUUAAAGGCAGUUGUUUCGUUCCUAAGCACAUGAGUUUGUAGUAAAUGAUACUUCAGUUUGAUGGACUUUUCAACAUUAUUUACUGAAUAAGUAUUUCGAUUGCCUACCCUGUAGAUAUGUGGAUGAAGAAUCUAACUAGAAUAAUGACUUGUAAACCCACCACGAGUUUAUUUGGUUUUUCCCAGAAUUUUAAGGGUCUCUCCAACUUUGAAUGAAGGGAAAUGCCCAAGAUGUCCUGAUCUGACUAAUUAGUUUAAUUCUUUCGGGCUUGCUAAGCAUUUCUAAAGCAUUAGACUAACACAUUCCUGUGAAGUUCUGUGCAUAUGUCUCAGCCUCAACAUCUAUCAAAGUCUAGAAACAGAUGUUUUCAGUGCUGCUGAGAGAAACAAAAAAUUUCCUGAUGCAUCUGAGAGAUAAGCUUCGGCAGUAUCACAAGAAGAUUAAAGUGGCAGACACCCCUUCCAGCGGAAGUUACUAAUUCGGACCUGACUGAUGCAGUUCCCAUAGCAACCCAUGUUUCCUGGGAAACCCGAAAAAGGUUGUCAUGGCAUCUAUUGCUCUCUAGCCCCACCUUCCAGUCCCUGCUGUUUCCACAGUAACCUUUCCAGAUGGUUCCUACUUAAAUGAUUUCAUAAAGGAAAACCACUGUUUGAAUAAACUGCACAAAUAAAGUUAAGCCUGAGACUCUAAGGAGGUGAAAUGAAUCCCAAAUGCAUUUUUUAACUAUGAAAAUCAUUGAUGUUAUCCCAUAAUAACUGAAUCAAGAAGGAAAAUAUGAUGUUUGGAAUGUUAGAUAUUAACCACAAUAAGGCAUGAUCUGGAUUAAGUGCCAUUUAUCAGGCAAUAAUUUUUAAAGAUGCUUCUCUACAGUUUUUUUUCUCCAAGAACUUUCAAGCCAACAAAUGGAAUUUAAAAGCAAAUGUAAAAGUGUUCUGUACAUAAGCAAAUGAGAGAUACAAUCAGUGUACCUGAAACCUUACAACAAAGGAUCUUCAGGCUUUCUCUUUAAAAAAAAAAAAUUUAGAUCCCACAACAGCUCUGUCAUCAUCACAGCAUUCGACAAGCUAAGUAAACUUCAAAUAAAUGAAGGAUGCACGUUUUAAACUGAAUGCAUUGCAGACAAUCAAUAAAAAGGAGGGACAGGAAGUAACCAGCUCUUGGGAGAACACUUGCAACUUUCAACCAUAUGCCAAGGGUUGCCAGAAGACAGACAGAAUCAGCAGUUCCAAGUCCUUCCUACCUCUCAGCUGUGAAUAGAAGUGAUAACCCUUCCCACUAAGAAAUGCAAGGAAGCACACGUGUCCCAUAAUCUGAAGACUUAUGGAAACACUGUGAGAUAGAGAUCCCUGAAGAGACCCCCACAUAAAGAACCGUAGAGCUGCACUGACCCGUAGGAUGCUCCAUUUUAAAUUGCCUGGAUCAAGAAUGCAGUGGCAAUUAUAUCACUGAUGGGCAAUGAUCCACCUGACAGCACAUAUUUUUAUUUCAGUUGACAUUAAAUAAUAUGUCUCUAACAAAUGCUUUAUAUAAAGGGAACAACUCUGACGUCGGAGGAUUUGCUUCGUAUUGUGUGCCAUAUAAAAGACAUUUGAUCAAUAGAUGAAGAAUCUUGAAAAUAUUAAGGUAUCAUUGCAUCCUUUUGACAUUUUGAUGAAAUCAAAUCAUCCAAAAACUAUAAUCAGUGCUGCAGAUAAAGAAACCUAAAAUUUGUUUCUAACAAGCCAACUGUUACUUUUUUCUUUUUUCAAUUAAUUAGUGGACUGUGUUUAAUCAUGAGAUAUAGUCAUGUUAUGUUCCAUGUUCUGGGUUAUGUGCAACUUUAUUUGUGAAGGUGUGUUUUGUACCAAAGGCUCUCAUACAUAGAUUAGCCCAUUUACAUAUAAAUAAGUGAGGUCUACACUGUGCCCAAAUAAAUGGUAUUAAAGACAGACUUGCCUAAAAGAAAUGUGCCUUGCUUGAUUAAACAUUAUUUUAUUUUUUAUUCAAAAUGAUAGAUUUUCAAAUUAGUGUUAUAGGUUUUAGCUGAGAUAAACUUUACAAAAAUAUAUGACUACUUAUUACGUUUUAGUAUUCUAUCUUAAUUAAAAUUAUAAUAGUUAUGCUUUCAACAGUUCAUAUAUAAUAUGUUCAUUUCAUUUUGUUUUCAUGGGAUGUUUGGUGUGGUGCAACAAAGCACAUUUUUAAAUAUAAUAUUUCAUCUAAUGUUUAUAACUUUUCCUUCAAAAUUAUAAAUGUAAAAGUUUCCUUAACUCAUUUUCUAUUUUUAUAUUCUUUUAGAAAUGGAACUCUUUUUCAAUUAAAGACAAGUUUUAGUUGGAAAAGAGAUUUAGGAGGUCAUGAAGAUGGUUUCCCUUUUGGGGACAUUUCACUUCUGUGCCAUUAAUGUAUUUUACUGUGACAUUUCAGCAGAAUGGUAGCUAUUUGUAUAUUAUUUCAUAAGCCUUAUGAAAAGUCAAACUGUGAAAAUUUAUUAUAUAGAGCACUUUUUAUUUCCAUAUUUUAGUUUCAAAAUAUAUCUGAACAAAUGCAUAAAUAACCAAUCUUCUGUUAUUUAAGUGUAUAACAAUGCUAUGUGAUAAUGAGAGCACUUGUAGAAUUUUAAUUACUAUAAAAACAUUUCAGUAGCAAAGCCAAGAUUAUAAAUUUUUUGAUGCCCCACAGAAUGGAAUACAAGUGAUGAAUUGCACUGUAUGAGAAUCAGUAACUAAAACAAUCUUAUACUUGCAGCAAGACAGACAGAUAAACACGAGAUACAAUCUAGGUAACUUUCUUUGAGGCAAAGUCUACAAUGAAUUUCUCACAAUCUGCUGGUAAUUUCUUUGUGUCAAAACUUUGAGACCAGAUCACUACAGGAAAAUAAAAGUCUGACAGCUAUCUCAGGUUUGAGCAAUGUGAACCUUUAGUCAAGAUGAUAUGUGAUUAAAGUGAAAAUAUAGCCACUACCUUUUCUUUGUUCCAUGUUAGCCCAUUUAGUAGAGACAUUGGCCUGGAGAAUAGUCAGUCCAUUGCAGCCAACUAAUCCUUGUAACUAAUUAUUACAGCCUGGAUAGCAGCAAAGUAAUCCACAUCAGCUAUUGGGAUGAUUGAAACAAACUGAUCAACUGUGUUUGUUACAGGAGGUUUUAGACAUACCGAUGUUUUAAUAAGGAUCAGUAGGUGUUACAAAAAUAGACACAAAAAUUACCUUUAUAAAACACCAAUGGCACAACUGUAUGCAUUAUAGUAUAUUUAAGAUCUGAAUUAUUAUUACAGGUUACAGUUUUAAAUAAAGACAAAGCCCAGAUUUUUAUGAUAAAAGUACAGGAUGGUGUCAGAUGAGUCAACUGUCAUACUGAAUAUGGUUCACAGAAUGGAUAGUAAAAAUGGUACUGGUUUAGAUAACAGUAGACCAGAAUUCUCAUCUACUUUCUGCCUGUGGGACCCUAGGUAAAUCAGUUACAUUACUAGGCUUCAGUUUGCAGGCUUAAAUUGUAAGAUGAGUGUGCUGGAUUCAGUGAUCUCCAAAACCCUUACCAGCCCCCAAAUUCUCAUUAUACACAUUUGAGAAAUGCUUUGAAGAAAACUUAGGGCUGGGUGCAGUGGCUCAUGCCUGUAAUCCCAGCACUUUGGGAGGCCAAGGCGGGUGGAUCACUAGGUCAGGAGUUUGAGACCAGCCUGGCCAACAUAGUGAAACUCCAUCUCUACUAAAAAUACAAAAAUUAGCUGGGCAUGAUGGUGCAUGCCUGUAGUCCCAGCUACUUGGGAGGUUGAGGCAGGAGAUUUGCUUGAACACGGGAGGUGGAGGUUGCAAUGAGCCGAGAUUGUGCCACUGAACUCCAGCUUAGGCAACAGAGGGAGACUUCAUCUCAAAAAGAAAAGAAAAGAAAAGAAAAGUACACAGAUUUUCUUAUGCAGGAAAGAAUACAUGAAGUAAGAUUUAAGCCUUGAAAGUUAAAUAUAUCAUUCUUCAAAUUGAUUGUGAGAAAAGGAAAUAGGACUCUUUCUCCUUAGAAUUUUCACUGAUCUGUUAAUGGUAUCAAAAAAGUAGAAAAAUCAGUCUGUGGAAUGGAAACAGAUUAAUUAAAUAGCUAGAAAGGAGGGAAGGGCAUUUGUUUAAUUAAAUAUUAAGGCAACUUGAAAAUUUUCUAUGAAACGCUAAAACAGUGCCAGAGCCUUAUUGCACACUCAACAUUUUAAGCCUGAGAGCAGGGAAAUGUGGGAAAAGGUUGGAAUGAAAGAAGUGUUUGCUUUAUGAUCUCUUGACUCCUUUUACACAAGAAGCAGAUUGGUAGAGCUUAAGCAGGUGUCUGUGCUGUGGUGCUGGCUCUGCCAAAAACUCUCAUGUGCCCUAGGAAAGUUACUUUAACUUCUCUGAGCCCGAGUUUCUUUAUCUGUAAAGUGAAGACUUUUUAAAUUUAGUAAUCUGUAUGUCUCUUUUCAUCUCUGAGAAUUCUAUAACAUUUUCAGAUUGUUAUAUGUGUACAUGUACAUGUUGCUCACCUCUGUUCACUAAAAUGCCACAUAUUUCUACUUGAGUGACUGAACAGAUUGCAAGUCCAAAUGUUCUCGUUUCUAAUAAUAAUAAUUGACCUCAGCAAGACAUAUAAAAGGUAAAUCUUUUUAUUUUGACUUUGGCUUUAAGCUAUUAUGAUUUGUCAUUUCAUCUUUGAAUGCUGAGUGAGUUACCUAAACAGAAUGUCUGUUCCAGUUAAUCUUCUCUUUAAAUUUUGUUGUUUUAUAAACAUGUAGCAAAUCAGAAGCAAGUAUAUUAUGCUUAUCAAUGAACUGUAGCAGAUUGUAAGGUGCAUUUUUGUCACAUUAAAAACUUAAUACUCUUUUGGUCCCAGAAGAAAUGACUGUAAUUUAAAAUAAUAGUCACAAAAUUUUGUGAAUGUUUUUGAAUACAAAGGAGGCCUGAUAGAGCCAUAUUGCAAUUCAUUUUGCUCAGGAGUGAGAAACAAAAUUCAGGGAUAACCCAAACACAUCUGUUUGGCAAUAGUGGAUAGUUAGGUAAAGAAGGGUUUUAGCUUUUGCACAACAUAGGUAAGAGGCAACUGUACCUAUAGAAAAACAGGAGUAUAUUCUGGUUCCUGGUUUUAUGACAGAAAGAUAUUAGAAGGAUACUAAAAUGUGGACACUCGGGAAAUUGAUUAAUACAGAAAUAUUUUGUCAUACUGAGAUUAUUUGUCCAGAAGUUUAGUCUUAUAUCCCUUCCAUUCAGAAAAGGGGGCAGUUUUUAAAGGCCUCUAUCAUAAUAGGAAGUGUGCAUUUUGACUAGUGGAGCAAUUAAUUAAAACAUUUAAUCUGAUCAUUUUGGUUUUAUGAAUCUGAAUUUUCACUUUAGGUGUAAUUGAAUCACUUAUGUAUUACUGUGAUCUUUGUGAGAAGUGAUUUUGUCCAUUUUUUUAAAGUUGAUGAAACUUGAUAAAUGGUGAUUCUAGCAUAUUGUAUUAAUAUUGUAUCUUACAAUAAUUUGUGAACUGGCCAUCCUGAACAAAUCAUAGCGGUAUGUCUUCUGGUAAAUUGUUUCUAUGGUGUGAUCUCUUAAUGCUGUGUUUGGGGGUGGGGGAUGGGGUUAAGUAUUUAGUUUAAACUAUCAAAGUGUUUUUCUUAAAUGCCAUAAAAUGUAUGACUAUAAACCAAAUAAGAAUAUCCUCUUUUUUUCACUUUUAAGGGCACUAUAUAGACCAUUUUGAAACUAUCCCACAGAAUGGUAUAAUUUAUGUUUAAAAGCUCUUAGACACAUAUACACACACAAAUAUAAAUAUAUAUAUAUACACACACACAUGUGCAAGGGGAAGCAGUUUAUGUAAUAUUUCUAGGUGUUAUGCUACAUAUUGUAAUAAUCUAUUUUUGAAAUAUAUAGAUUACGCAGAAGUCAGAAUAACAAAUACAACACCUCAAUUUUUUCAUAGAGUCUAGCAUUCGUUUACUUAUAAGAUUUGCUUAUCAUACUUUGCAAAGAUCAUUCACAUAAUUAAUCUUUAAAAUAUUCAUAUGAAAUACUAAUGUCCUCUGAAAUUUAAAGAUUAAACAACCAAGGUUUAGAAAGAUCCAGUGACUAGUCUAGAAUAAUAUGGCCACUAACCUCAUAUGCUCUUUACACUAUUCACCUUUUGUCAUGUUAUUUUUAUCCUGUCACUGCUAUUAUCUUUAAAGCUUUAACAAAAAAAUUUUAAAACAUACAUUGGGAAUUUUCCAAUUUUAGUUCAAAGACAUUGUUGCUGUUCUUGUCAGACCUUUUUAGAUACUUUCAGACUAUAGUCCUUCCACAGAGUGAUAUUCAAACAUUUUCUACCUAAAACGUACACCCUGACCACAGACACUGAAUUCACUUGAUAUCAGAAUCCUAGACUAAAAAUUGGUCUUGACUGCCAUUUCUAAUCUCCCUUUUCAAAAAUCCAUCAUAAUGACUGAUUUCUGAACAGUUGAAUAAAGCAGUAAUCAACCCAAGAAACUGCAUCCAUUCUAAUUCAGAGGA